GUAUGUCCGUGAAAUUCAACUGAGAGUCGCUGAAGAGCAAGACUUCCACUGAGGCUGGCUGAGUGAGGGGGACCUGGAGCCGGGUGACACCUAGGCAAGAAGAUGUUCAAACUUGGCAAGUAGAAAACCGUGAGAAUUGGCCUUACAUCACGCAGGCGUCCAUCUCGUCGUAUGCACCACCCUCAAGCAGAGGGACCUUACCUUGUCCGCCUUCCUCAGCUAGUAGUAUACCAUUUGGGGUCAGCCUUCAUUGGUCAAACAAGUAGUAUUCGAACCGACCUGGAGUGCCAAGCAACACAAUGUUUCCAGAGAUAUUCCACUCCUCCAAAACACUUUUGAUAGCGCAGGCCACAGCGACACCAGCGAUAGCGAUCAAGUUAUGACCGCAUGCAUGUCCCACGCCAGGUAGUGCAUCCAUCUCAGAGUUCACGCCGAUAGUGCGUCCGCCGGUACCAUGGGUAUAGGUGGCUUCCCAUGCUGUAGGGAGGAUGUGGUGCUGCUUGACGGUAAAACCUUGCUUGGACAUAAAGCCAGUGAGGACAUCAUGGAACCUACUGCUCCUUCCAUGCUAGCUCAGGGUGGGCUUGAGGAUGUUGUUAAUGAUCACCGUUCCGCAUCAAGGCAUCCAUACAGACUCACAAUGUAUAUCGAGGCUCAGCUCCCUGAGCUCCUUAUUCAGAGCAUCGAUACUAGAAUCGAUUGUCUUGAAUAUUUCUGGCUUGUAGAUGGGCUUGCCCGUUCCUUGCGCUGGCCCAACUGGGGUAUCUGGACGCCAAAUAAUCUCGGUCAUGAUUGGGGGGGUGGGGGCGGGGGUUUACUUCCUGUCCAUAAGAUAGACCGUUAGAGCUUUAUAA